AUGUCACUCGCGCUCGUUCCCCAGCACGGUUACGUGCUCGGCACGUUGGUCGGCGGUGUCCUCGUGCAGAAUGUGUGGAUGGCGAUCCAGGUGGGCAUGGCACGCCGCAAGUACAAGGUGUGCUACCCCACCAUGUAUGCCAAGGAGGACACUCCCGACGCCAAGACCUUCAACUGUGUCCAGAGGGCACACCAGAACACGCUGGAGAUGAUCUCCACCUUCAACACCCUGCUCAUCGUGGCUGGCGCCAGGUACCCCAUUGCCGCCUCCGUGGCGGGCCUGGUGUACAUCGUGGGCCGCAUCGUCUUCUUCAAGGGCUACAGCACGGGCAAGGCCGACAACCGCCGCCGCGGAGCCUUCAACGCCUUUGGCCUGCUGGCGCUCAUUGGCAUGGUGGGCAGGUGGGGCAUCGAGCUGGCCACCAGCCGCUGA